CUUAUCAUGAGCCAAGGAUGGUCUACUUUUCUCCCCGGCUAAUCAGAGUGACUUUUUCACUUGCAGAUUUGGCCACUUGCUCUCAGCAAUUCUUGGCCAAACUGCCCGUGUUCUUUGUCACCAGGCCUAACCGCAUAGAUGAUCUCUCCGGCCCCGGGGCGGAAGUUCUUCGGGAGACUUGGCACCCAGCUGACUACGUACUGAGGCCGUAACGUCAUCGCCAGAGCAUGGCUUGGCUCCGGUAGUCUAGAGGCUCCAGCCACGCACAUGUUUCCUGAAAGCUGGUGGCCAUACAUCUGGAGAUCGGAGUUCAAAAAAACAUCAUCCUUCCUGCUCUCCUUCUAUUUACCGUUCAAUUCCCAGCGCAGGCAUGUCUUCAGACUCGCAAUCAGGCCAGCGUGAGGGUGGAACCCUGACCGGAAUGGUUAGAAGGCAGUUCAAGCGACACAAAUCCACCAUGAGCGCGCGGUCGAGCUGCGGUGGUGGUUUGAAAUUAGGCAGGCUAGGGAAGAGAGACCAAAGUCCUGCCCAACCAAUACCGCCGGAAGCGUCAGAUUCAGGAUGCUCACUCUCGGAAAUUGAAAGCCUAGGGUCUGCUGGGAGUGACGCGGGACCAAACACACCCGCCGCACUUCAAGAGGUCUAUGAAGCUGCCUCCGGCAGUCACAUUGAGCAUAUUGAUGGCGUUGUCCACCAACCCGACUCGCCUUUCUCCGAGCAGGAGCUGAAAGAUAUCUUCUCUGGGGCUCCACACUUCCUUUUGGAAAGGGGGAGAAACUCGCUCUGGUACCCACAUAUCCUCUUCCCCUGGGAUGACAAUACUUCCAUACAAAAUCUGCGAGACCGAAAGCCUCUGAAUCACCCUUCUCACUCCCUGUCGACGCUUCAUGCACAUCUUCCCGUAUGCCAAGCUCCAAAUGAUCCACGGCCAACAUUGAAAUACUGGACCCAGAAAACAGAGGGAAGACGGCCAACUUUCGACCUGGGUGUGUUCGAGGUUCCGAAUAUGCUCUCGGCUCGGGCAAAGGAACCGGGGUGUGUUGGGUUUCGCAAUUAUUUAGAACUUCCAAUUGCACACUCCUCUAGGUAUAUCGCCCAUACGCACUCGGACCCACAACACAAAGAUAUAUUUCCCGGGUCCCUUUCCAGCCGUCCUAACGAUCCAUAUUCAUACUGUCGACCGCGGAUCAUGGUUGACCGUGCAGAUCUACUCAGGGAAGGCCCUACCGCUUGGCGCCGCCUGGGGGUUCGCUCCUGUUCCAUGAAGGCUAUAGCAGAGCGGUUGGAAAAGCUGUGUGGGGUUCGUGAGGAUGUUAUGUGCAGAUAUCAGCAGAAGAGUAUUCUAGACAACGAAAGCGUUACACAACUCAACGACGAGUUGUUCUCGAGAUUUUUGUACCCUCUGCCGAGGGAACUGAGAGACUAUGUCCCAGCCGAACCGGGUAGUUUGAAGUAUCAAAUCGUCGUGCUGAUGCAAAUUCUUGCUGUUAAGGGGGCAUGGAUAGACUUUAGCCUUGUGGAAUGGAGGAUUCGUGCGGGACAGCUGCUGUGGGAGGUGCCUCCUCAUCUGGAUGGCGAUUGUUUAGACCCAGUCCCAGAUGAUGGAGAUGAUGGCAUCGAGCGGAAAUGGCUUCUCUUUCAGAUCCUUCUGACUGGAGAACUGGUGCUUCGGGUUGACGCAGCUGUGAAACUCGGCGUCAUUGCAAAGUCGAAAAGCUUGCUCAUCACGCCGCAAGACAUCUAUCAAAUGAAUGAGAUGAGAACACAUCAGAUCGACUGGGGAAUUAUUUCUGGCCGCCGAGCUGUCGAGAACCUGACGUUCAAGUACAGCCUGCACGAAAAGAUUGAGGAGCAGCCACCCACUGCUCCCAAGUCCAAAUCUAGCCGCAUCAAGGCGAGAUUUUCCCGUUCGAAGCCGAAGGUCCCCCAAACCAUAGACUCUCCGUGGCAUUGCCGCCUCCUCCCUCGUUUCCCCAUGCGACAACUUGAAGGGCUGUUUGUGUUCGCAGAAGCACUGGAGUGGCCAGGAAUUGAAAAGAUGAAGGAAAAACUGGCAGCUAAAGUUUCUAACGCUUUAACAGAUGAGCACUCGAUGAUAAUGGCGUUUGAUUCGCCGUUAAAAACUACCGCGACGUCCCAUCACCGCCUGGAGCGGCAGGACAUGUAUCGAAAAAGCCUAACAGCAAAACUCAUCCACCUACAAGUCCCGCCAGAUGAAGCCGAAAAAGAUAUGUUAUAUCUGGGGGGCUGGGCAUCUCGAUCCUGGCUUUCUGGAUUUAUCAUACCUGGCGAGUCAACCAACGAUCUCUUGAUAGCGACUCUACUGGAAAAUGAUACGCACGCCCUAAAACGGCUAGGACCGAUUGCGAAUUUAUACGGUGGCUUUAUCUAUCAAGGGAGAAGCUACUGGAGCAAAGUAUGUAUCGUGGGCCGUGUUCUAAGCACGUUCUUCCCACGUUCACUGUGUAUGGGGUGGGCGGGAUGUAACAUCAUGCCUCAAGACGAAGAUGGAGAAAACAUCAUCAAUUGUUGGGUCGAGAUUGCCUCGAAAGAUAAUUAUGUUUCCCGAGGGGAAGCACGUAUUCAUCAGGGAAGCAAAAUACUCUUAGAGUCAUCCCCGCUGGGGGCAGAAGGAGACUUGACACCUAGGGCAUUCUCUCUUCCGAUCGACCACCAAGACACAGAGUGCCUGACGACCAACGUCUGUUUUGAACGGCUCACGCUUUCAGUUCACGGAGAUGAAGGGCAAAGGGGGGAGCCAGGAUCCGGUAUACCACGAAAAGCGUCAGCGUUGGUAAGUUUCAAGGUCUCUCAGCACGAUUCCAAGUCGGAGCUGGUUACCUUCCCUCUGACGUUCAACGUCCAAUUCAUCUCGUCAUACACCUGUCUGCCUCCGCCUGGAUAUAUCGCACAUUUAUGCCCCAGUGAAUCGAGAGCCAGGAGCCAGCCAAGCUACCACCGCCACGUCCACCCCUUCGUCUCAGACGACUCGGGGGGAGAAGGGGACGUCGGCGAAACGGAGAUGCUUGCCCGGAAGCUAAGACCAAGCGGUCAACCGCGACUUCCCGGGCAUCCGCUGCACACAGUAUCCUAUCCAUACCGCUAUAUUCCGAUCUCUCUGCUAGCCAAGAUGCCCGUGCUGCAGCAGCUCAAGCCCCGGAUCAGCUUUAUGGCGCAUCCGGAUGAGUUCCUGGGCUUUGUGGACCCGACCAGACGCUGGCGCCGUUUGCGACGACGGGAGACGUACAUAAUCGACGCUCGAGGGGGCGUGGACAAGGAGGCGUACGUGCGAGCGUGGUGCUCUGCCGUAGGAACCGAUGCCGUUGUUGCGCGGAUCGGACGGACGUGCCUGGCUUGCUCUAUUCGCGAAGCACGAGCAGCGAACGUGCCCGUUGUCGUUCGGGUGGGCGCAAGGUCCUGUGAAGGUAGCAUCAGAGGAAGCUCGGUCUCGGGCCAAUCUGGGAAAGCUCUGUAGUUGUAUAUGGCUUAUUCUCGUGCUCUCAAUUCUCCUUCGUCGCUGUUUUGUUCCGUUCUUCUGGUGUGCAUACCCUGUCUCGUAAGACCCUGUAAGAGCCUCUGUCAAGAAAUGAGAAAAGUGAAACCUGCUCAUCAA